AUGAUCAACAUCACCACAAUAAGCAAGUCGUUACGGUCGGGCAGUUUCGGGUCUAACGAUUUGCGCCCGAAGUUGAGCCAAUUGAGUGCCGCGUAUAUGAAGUACCCGUUAAUCAAUACUAGUAUGAAAUUAUGUAUCAUUAAUACUCUGUUUAAUGCCAACGGCUUUCGGUGGGCCAUAAUAUUAGGCCCUAAUUUCAUCACAAACGCCAACCAUAUGGCCAUAAUUGUGACAAACAUCGCCGGACCCCCACUUAUCAACAAUCAAUUAUCUAUCGAUGAGUCCAUACGACUGUCAGGCGAUGUCUUUGAAAACGUGUUGCAAACCAAUGAUGUGGUCAAAGCGUUGGCAGAUAUUGAGCCCUAUUGUUUGUUUGGCCAAUUGGCCAGAUUGUUUAAAUUAUUAUACUGGACAUAUUUCGAUACACACGCCGGUAUCGGACCCGUAAACGCCGAGAUAUGCGGCCAACUAAUGGACACCGAACUGGAAAAGUAUCCGAAAAAUUUAAUGUUGAAUAUAUUUGGGUCAAAAUUGGAUCAAAUAAACGGUAAGAUCGAUGUGGCCAUAGAUUCGUACCAUAGACUACUGGGUGAUCCGCACGUGACACCACGACGAUUCAUAUACUUUGAGCUAACGUGGUGUUAUGCGCUUCAAUCUGAUUGGCCAAGGUGCAUUGGGUACGCCGAAAAAUUUCGCACUAACAGCUUUUACUCGCCGGCCAUCGCCACGUAUAUGGAGGCUGUGUUUCGGUACACGGAAUGGACCAUAACUGAUGAGUCCGUGGCUAAAGACAAUGCCACCGAAUUGUUCAAACUGGUGCCGACACUUCGUAUACGACAUUUGGGUAAAACUAUUACACCGGAAAAGGUGGCGGUUGUGAGCGCUCAGAAUUAUAUCAAAAACGGGGAACUCUUGAUUCUGCCGGACGUGGCCAUAUUAUAUGAUCUAAACUACUUCUCACUCAUAAGAAGCGAUACUGUAUUGUUGAACAAAUUUAUGGACCGCAUUACUGAAUGCGAAUUGAAAUACCAAUGUGACAUAGACUCAUCAGACUAUCUGGAUAAUUAUCUGAUAGCUAUAUUUUAUAAGGGAGUUGUGUUUAGACUAAUGUCCGACUUUAAAAAGGCGACCGAAUGUCAGCAAAUUAUUAUUGAUAACGAAUCGCGAAUUGGGGGACAGUUUUCACUGCCGGCUCAGGCGGUCCUCGAAAUGGGUUUAAUUGAAUACGAGAUGAAAAACACUGAAAAAGCAAUCGAUUUGCUUAACAAAUGUAUUAACGAAUACACGGGUUAUCUGAACGAGAAUUACGUUCACAUUAAGGCGUUUACAGCCCUCAGAGGUCUGGGAGUGUGUCAUACAAAACAGACCGACAACGAGCACCUCUUGGAGGAAUAUAAGAAACAAUGGCUUAAAGACAUAAACAUUGAUCAGAAAAGUUAUGAUAAAGUGGUAGAGAUUGAAGACAAGAAUGAAAUUUAAGGGAA